GAGACUUCAAUUCACGAAGACCCUCCGAAGGUCACCACUCUCUCUGCCAUUGAUCGAUCCACAAUUAAACGGUAUUUAAAUACCUGAAAGAAGAAAACAGAAAGAAGAAAAGGAUUCGGAAGAAAAGUUAAGGAGAAUAUAUAAAACAAUGCCUCACUCGAUGGAAUUAUUGGACGUUGCCGAUUCUGAGUUCCUCAGCAGUACUGAGGAUGAACUUGAUGAUGAUGAAUCGGAAGGCUCUGAAUCAGAGAUUGAGAAAUACUUCGUCAUUCCGACUGCUAAGAACCGAUUGUUUGGCCGGAAAAGGCCUCUGCAUGUGGUUCUAGGUGCCGGACUAGCUGCUGAUAUUAUGCUCUGGAGGGACAAGAACGUCUCAGCAAGCAUUCUCGCAGGCCUAUCGAUCAUAUGGUUUCUCUUUGAGGGGUUGGGCUACAAUCUGCUUACAUUCUUUUGCCAUUCUGUACUUCUCCUAUUGGCAACGCUGUUCCUGUGGUCAAGUUUUGGCCCUGCAGCCAACUUGCCUCCACUUGACUUUACAGAUAUUGUCUUGCCCGAAAAGCUGCUUGCUAAUGCUGCUGUUUCAUUGAGAUAUGAUAUUAUCCAAGGAUUGAGAUCCCUUGGUGACGUAGCUCUCGGACAAGAUCUGAAGCAAUUUCUCUUUGUUACGGUUACACUGUGGGGUCUCUCUGCUGUUGGUGCUAGGUUCACCUUUGUAACUUUCUUCUACAUAGUGUCUGUCAUAUUGCUGAUAGUGCCAAUGGUAUAUGAAAAGUAUGAGGAUCUUAUCGACAUCAUUGCCGAAAAGGUAUUGAUAGAACUGAAUAAUCAAUAUGCCGCAGUGAAGAAAAUGGUUUUGAGGGAAUUGCACGCAGCCAUUGUUGCCAGCGAGCAAUCUAGAUUGUAUGUCAACUAAUAUAUAUUAGAGGUACAGCAAUUCUCGUUCUGCUUGGUAUGGAUGAAUCGGAUUUUACAAGUCAUGCAAGAUUCAGCUUCUGCUUGUUUUUUUUUUCUCUCGCUGAGGUUGAUGUCAGGGAUGCACUCAAAUCAAAGUUGCUUCAUAAUCGUGUUUAGUAACGCCUUCUUGCAUUGUGAUAAAUACACUAGGAGUGACCUAGCAGGUUCAGUAAUUUUGAUUUUGCUACGCUUUGUAUCAAAGAGGUACUCGACUUGUUCAUAUUGGUUAUUGAUUAUUUCCAUUCAAAAGACUUGUUUUAUUCAGCAUAGCAAUUGAUGUAACAUCCAAAAGGUUCUGUAAGAUAAACCAUUUCAUAAUCAAAUUCUCACCCUCCA